UUCGUGUCUCCGGAUGUGCCCGCACCAGAGAGUCACCUUGCCCCGGCUGCUGCUGCUGCUGUACCGGUGAGAGAGCAGGUGGACCGUCCGGCCCAGAGGCACACAGGCAGCGGGAAUCUGAUCAGGAACUCUGCGGCCACUGACCGACCGGGGCAAAUAUGGCGGACGCAAAGCCCAAAACCUCUCCAAAGUCCAUUAAGUUUCUGUUCGGAGGCUUGGCCGGGAUGGGUGCGACAGUCUUUGUGCAGCCGUUGGACCUGGUGAAGAACAGGAUGCAGCUGAGCGGUCAGGGAACGAAGGCUCGAGAAUAUAAAACCAGCUUCCACGCUCUGUUCUCCAUCCUGAAGAACGAGGGAGUCGGAGGCAUCUACACUGGUCUGUCAGCAGGGCUGCUGCGGCAGGCGACCUACACGACGACUCGUCUGGGAAUCUACACCAUCCUGUUUGAGAAGAUGACGGGAGCCGACGGACGGCCGCCGAACUUCUUCCUCAAGGCGCUGAUCGGUAUGACAGCUGGAGCCACGGGAGCGUUUGUGGGGACGCCAGCAGAGGUCGCUCUGAUCAGGAUGACGGCCGACGGACGUCUUCCUCCAGACCAGAGGAGAGGCUACACAAAUGUUUUUAACGCUCUGGCUCGAAUCACCAGAGAAGAAGGAAUCACCACACUGUGGAGGGGUUGUAUUCCCACCAUGGCUCGAGCGGUGGUGGUGAACGCAGCUCAGCUGGCCUCCUACUCUCAGUCCAAACAGGCGCUGCUAGACUCAGGAUACUUUGGGGAUGAUAUUCUGUGUCAUUUCUGUGCCAGUAUGAUCAGCGGUCUGGUUACUACGGCAGCCUCCAUGCCCGUCGACAUCGUCAAGACCAGGAUCCAGAACAUGAGGAUGAUCGAUGGGAAGCCCGAGUAUAAAAACGGUUUGGAGGUGCUGCUGCGAGUCGUGGGGAAAGAGGGAUUCUUCUCUCUGUGGAAAGGUUUCACUCCGUAUUACGCUCGUCUGGGACCUCACACCGUCCUCACCUUCAUCUUCCUGGAGCAGAUGAACCGCCUCUACAAGACCCACGUCCUCGACCGCUAACACACACACACACAUACAAACACACGCACAAACACACAAGGACUACAACCAAACCUCAUCAUGUUUCAGACAGAAUUUAGAGGAGCAGUUCAACAUUUGGUCAAAUCCUCCUGUUCAUAAAGGGUUUUAAAAAAUGGUGCAAUGUUCCUUUAAAAUACACGCACACACACACACACACACACACACACACACACCGUGUUUUAAAUUAAAAUUCUUUUUGUAAAGGAAAGAAUGUAAAAUAAACGUAGUUCAAACAUCGUUUAGUGAUGUUGUCAAUGAUUAAUAAUGAGUCUUAUUGGUAGAAUUAUGGCCCCUCCCACGGCCCCUCCCACACCCUGACAUCACACAGCAUCAUGGGACUGAUCGGUAACCAUGGCUACAGCCAGGUGGAUGAGUAAGAGCUUGUUUAUGUGUCUCUUUGUGUUUGUGAAUAAAAGUCACAUCAUCUGA